CAGUGAUCGAGAUACGCGUACUCUGAGUCUCCACCAACUUUGAACUUCGCAUUAACAGACGUUUUUUUUUAAUUCUUAUCACUUUCCGAGUAUGACAAGUCGUAUAGUGGAGUUCAUCGUUAGGACAUUCUAGUAGAUGUUUAUUCCAGACGCCUCCAAUUGCCUCGUUUAGCUGCCCACAGGUGAGAGUGACGAGCAGCAGUUGCCGUGUUUGGGUGGGGUCACCCGGUACUCGCCUGGAGUUUAAAGAACCAGUCUGCCGUUCGACGUUGCAAAAAUGGAUCGAUGGAGUGUUAUUAUCUCCGCUGUUCUAGUGGUCAUGCUGUCGGCCUCGGUAUAUGGAGAAAGUGUACAUAACCUUGUUGCAUCUGAUAUAACCACCACUUCAAUACGACUAACUUGGGAUCUACCGACCACAACAGGAACACUUUCAUAUUAUGUCUUUACAAGUCCUGCUAAAGUUGAUGGUACCUCAUCAGAGAUAACAACAAGCAAUGAUUACACAGUGAAUGGAUUAUUACAAGGGACGACGUACAUCUUUACUGUUCUACUAUUCGUGGACGUUCCAGAUCCACCAUCAUCGCUAACAGUUACUGCCACCACUGGUGACAGCAUUUCUCUGGCAUUCACACCCCCAACAGUAGGAGUAUUACGAUAG